AUGUCAUCUAUCAAACCAUCAAUCGAUAGAUCAGUCGGUCGUUCGAGACAAAUGUCAAAGAGCGCAAAAGCAAAGGCCUUUUUAAGAAGUAAAGAAUCACAAGAAGUCGAACAUUAUAAACAAGCUAUGAUGAUUAGAGGAAAAUGGUCAUCACAAAUCAUACAAAAUGUUUUAAAGGAUUUCUACAUUUUAAAGAAACCAAAUGCCGUUCAAUAUAAUAAGAAAAAUGAUAUAUACCCAAUGGAGUCUGCCGAGUCGAUAGAGUUUUUGGGAGAAAAGUCGGUUAGUGGCUUGUUUGCAUUUGGAUCACACUCUUAUAAGCGUCCACACAAUUUGGUGAUCGGACGUCUCUUUGACGACUCGGUCUUUGACAUGUAUGAAUUUAGUGUACUCAACUACAAGGGAAUGGAACAGUUUCAAGGUGCCACCACCUCUAGACUUGGCAACAAGCCAUGUUUCAUAUUCAAUGGUGCAGAGUUUGAAAACGACCCCAUCACCAAACGCAUUGGUAACACUUUUCUCGAUUUCUUCCGUGGACACGUUGUCGAAUAUAUCAAUCUUGCAGGUCUCGACCAUGUCAUCAUUUUGACUGCUGUCAACGGUCGUAUUCUCUUCCGUCACUACAGCGUUCUUUUCAAGCGUUCCGGUACCAAGGUACCACGUGUAGAGUUGGAAGAGAUGGGUCCAUCAUUUGACCUCGAGCUCCGUCGUAGCAAGAUUCCAUCGGAAGACGUCGAAAAGCAAGCCCUCAAAAUCCAUCGUUCCGUCCAACCAAAGGUUGUCAAAAACGUCGACAGCAACGAUCUCGGAGAGAAACACGGAAGAAUCCAUCUUGGCAAACAAGAUUACAACACCCUUGCCUUCAAAAAAACCAAAGCCCUCAGCAAGAGAAAACAAUCAAAUCAUCAUUCUACCGCUUCUCAUUCUUCAAACGAUAUUUAA